GCAUACCAGUCUUGUUAUUUCCGGCAAAAUGGCGUCAAAACGCACGUUCGACUCACCGGUGAAAUAUGUUCAAAUUGAUGGUCUUGUUGUGUUGAAGAUCAUCAAGCACUGUCAAGAGGAGGGCACAGCAGGACAGGAGCUAGUCCAGGGGGUUCUAUUGGGCCUUGUGGUUGACAACAGGCUCGAGAUCACAAACUGCUUCCCCUUCCCUAGACACAACGAUGAUGAGGACUUUGAUGAAGUUCAGUACCAGAUGGAGAUGAUGCGUAAUCUCAGGAAGGUGAACAUCGACCAUCUGCAUGUGGGAUGGUAUCAGAGCACAUACUUUGGAGGUUUCAUCAACCGAGCUCUCCUCGACUCACAGUACAACUAUCAGCACUCCAUAGAGGAAUCUGUGGUUCUCAUAUACGAUCCCUUAAAGACCACCCAGGGUUACCUGUCAUUGAAGGCGUACAGACUGACUCCGGAGAUGAUGAAGUUCUAUGGCAGUCGGGACCAAGAUUUCUCCCCGGAAGCCAUUAAGGCCGCAGGUAUGAGCUAUGAGAAAAUGUUCAUGGAGAUCCCUGUCCACAUCAAAAACUCUCACCUCGUAAACAGCCUUCUGUGUGAGAUUGAUGACAAACUCGUCGACGAAGAGUCCUCAGACUUCCUAGACCUCGGAACCAGCUCCAUGCUGGAGAAGAAUCUUAAGCUGUUGAUGGAAAGCGUAGAUGAGGUCGCCAUGGACGCCAACAAAUAUGUCAACUUCCAGAGGCAGCUCCAGAAACAGAAAGUCAUGAUACAGCAGUAUCAAGCCAAGAGGACAUCAGAAAAUCAAUUGCGCAUUGCCAGGGGAGAGAAACCAUUACCUGAUGAGGACAUCAACAAGAUAUUCAAGCCUCUGCAAACACCUGCUCGUCUUGACAAUCUCCUCAUUACGGGCCAGAUAGACAACUACAGUCAACAGAUCGGGGAAUUCGCCGCUCAGAGUUUCGGCAAACUGUUUCUGGCUGAGAGUUUACAAGAACAGAACCCAGGACCAUCUACUUGAUUCGGUGUUUCGGGAUAGGGGGUGUGACUUUAGUGCUGGCGUAUAACUAUAAUUAAAUCAUGUGAAAAAGUGAAAAUAAAACAUCUUUAAAAAUG